AUCGGUUGAGCGGGAAGAUUUUCCUGCCGCUCGGUAUGCCGCUUGCCGCUGGCGCAGACGCGCCAAUCAGAGGCGUCACAUCCAGUCACGUGCGAUGCCAUGGCAACGCUUUCGCGAGAAAGUUGAGCCGCCGAGUAGUGGCGAGCCCAGGCGAGCCAGCGAACAAUCUUUCCGCCAUGAGCCUAGAAAACAACACGAGGACGAUGGAGCGCUUUAUCGAAACGGUACGGAUGUACCCGUUUCUAUACGAUAAAAAACACCCGGAGUUCAAGGAAAAAGCGGAGAAGCUGAACCGAUGGGCGAUUAUCGGCGAGGAUUUCGGUCUCACCGGAGAAGCAGCCGCGGCCAAAUUUAAGAAUGUCAGGGACCGCUGGUUGAAGAUUGUUUCCGGUGUGCAAAAACCGAGGAGCGGCUCCAGCGGAAAUGUUGGGAAAGUAAAAACAAAGUGGGUUUUAUUUGACGUGAUCAACGACGUUCUUAAGAACACGCCGCACUACGCUGAAAGGACCGCCACAAACUUGCCGGUUGAGGAAGAUAGGGACACAGAGCAGCCCUCCACAUCCAGUUCGAGUGCAGCAAGUCUUGACCACGCAGAAAGCUGUCCCCUGAGCCCUGCUAGGGUUGUUUUUGAAGCAAUGUACUCCAAUGGCCCUGCUCUCUUGCUAUCGGAGGAAAACAGCCCAAGCAUCUAUGAACACCCAGGCACGGGAGCCGAUGUAGGUCCUUCACGAUCAGCCAAGAGGCCUGCUGACCAAGUGCCAUCAUCCCGAAAAAAGAAUCAACGGGGCCAGGAUAGCUUCGAGGACUCUGUGCAGAGCGUCCUCCACAGCUGCUCGGCAACAUUGAACGCCAUCUCGCACAAGGCCGACACGCCUGUCAUUAAAAACGACUGUACGGCGGGGGCACAAUGGAUUGAAUCCAAACUGGCAUUGCUUUCACAAAAGCUAAGAUGUGAGGUAAUGCAUAAGAUCAACCAACUGCUGUAUGAGGCUGAGAUGAAGAUGUUGGAAUGAAUGCUCAAC